CAAGCUGAAAGGGGGCAGGAAAAGAAGUGGAGGCAGCAUUCUUCCUAUUUAAAGCUGCAUCGCUUGAAAAAAGUUUUCACAGACUGUGCUGGAGCUGGUGCUGAAAAAGGGGGAUUGCUGAGGCUGCCCUGGUGCUGGUGCUGAAAGAAGAGCCCACAGCUGCCUUCAUGGUGCUACAAUAAUCCCAGAAUCUACUUUUCACUCCCAGGAGGAUCCACAUGUCUAAUAUUUAGAUAUGAUGGCAAACUGGGUGGAAGCAAGAUCUCUCCUCAUUCUUACUGUUUUAUUAGGGCAAUUUGUCUCAAUAAAAGCCCAGCAAGGAGGCCAGGAUGAAGGAAUGGUGAAGAAAUAGACCUGCAAUCAAAAUGGCCAUAUAUACUUAAACAAGGACAUUUGGAAGCCUGCUCCUUGUGAUAUCUGUGUCUGUGACAGAGGAGCCAUUCUCUGUGACAAGAUAGAGUGUGAGGAAGAUCUCCCUUGUGCUGAUGCUGUGACUCCCCCUGGGGAGUGCUGUCCUAUCUGUCCAGGGGUAUCUGGAGGUGGAAACACCAAUAUUGGCAGAGGAAGAAAGGGUCAAAAAGGAGAACCAGGAUUAGUGCCUAUUGUAACAGGCAUACGAGGUCGUCCUGGGCCUGCAGGACCUCCAGGAUCCCAAGGUCCAAGAGGAGAGCGAGGCCCCAAAGGAAGACCUGGUCCUCGUGGUCCUCAGGGAAUUGAUGGAGAGCCAGGUGUUCCUGGUCAACCUGGUGCUCCGGGACCCCCUGGACAUCCAUCUCACCCAGGACCUGAUGGCAUGAGCAGGCCUUUUUCAGCUCAGAUGGCAGGGUUGGAUGAAAAAUCUGGACUUGGGAGUCAAGUAGGAUUGAUGCCUGGCUCUGUGGGUCCUGUUGGCCCAAGGGGACCUCAAGGUUUACAAGGACAGCAAGGUGGUGUAGGACCAACAGGACCUCCUGGUGAACCUGGUGAACCUGGACCAAUGGGUCCAAUUGGUGCUCGGGGACCAGAAGGCCCUCCUGGCAAGCCUGGUGAAGAUGGUGAACCUGGUAGAAAUGGAAAUACUGGUGAAGUGGGAUUUACAGGAUCACCGGGAGCACGAGGCUUUCCUGGGGCUCCUGGUCUUCCAGGCCUUAAGGGUCACCGAGGACACAAAGGUCUUGAAGGCCCUAAAGGUGAAGUUGGAGCAACUGGUGCUAAGGGUGAAGCUGGCCCUACUGGUCCAAUGGGUGCCAUGGGACCUCUGGGUCCAAGAGGAAUGCCAGGAGAAAGAGGGAGACUUGGGCCCCAGGGUGCUCCUGGACAACGAGGUGCACAUGGUAUGCCUGGGAAACCUGGGCCAAUGGGUCCUCUUGGAAUACCUGGCUCUUCUGGUUUUCCAGGAAAUCCUGGAAUGAAGGGAGAAGCAGGUCCUACUGGAGCUCGAGGCCCUGAAGGUCCUCAGGGUCAGAGAGGUGAAACUGGACCACCAGGUCCAAUUGGUUCUCAAGGUCUUCCUGGUGCAAUGGGAACUGAUGGUACACCUGGUGCCAAAGGCCCCACGGGCUCUCCAGGUACCUCAGGUCCUCCUGGCUUGACAGGACCCCCUGGAUCUCCUGGCCCUCAGGGUAGCACUGGACCUCAGGGAAUUCGAGGACAACCGGGUGAUCCAGGAGUUCCAGGUUUUAAAGGAGAAGCUGGCCCAAAAGGGGAACCUGGGCCACAUGGUAUUCAGGGCCCAAUAGGCCCACCUGGUGAAGAAGGCAAACGAGGCCCUCGAGGUGAUCCAGGAACGGUUGGACCACCAGGCCCAAUGGGAGAAAGGGGUUCUCCUGGCAACCGUGGUUUUCCAGGAUCUGAUGGUUUGCCUGGACCAAAGGGUGCUCAAGGAGAACGGGGUCCUGUAGGUUCUUCAGGACCUAAGGGAGGCCAAGGGGACCCAGGACGUCCAGGGGAACCUGGGCUUCCAGGUGCUCGGGGUCUGACAGGCAAUCCUGGUGUCCAAGGUCCUGAAGGAAAACUUGGACCUUUGGGUGCUCCAGGGGAGGAUGGCCGACCAGGUCCUCCAGGUUCCAUAGGCAUCAGAGGGCAGCCUGGGAGUAUGGGUCUUCCAGGCCCGAAAGGUAGCAGUGGUGACCCUGGAAAACCGGGAGAAGCAGGAAAUGCUGGAGUUCCUGGGCAAAGGGGAGCUCCUGGAAAAGAUGGUGAAGUUGGUCCUUCCGGUCCUGUGGGCCCUCCGGGUCUAGCUGGGGAAAGAGGAGAACAGGGACCUCCAGGCCCCACUGGCUUUCAGGGGCUUCCUGGGCCUCCAGGUCCUCCUGGGGAAGGUGGAAAGCCAGGUGAUCAGGGUGUUCCUGGAGACCCUGGAGCAGUUGGCCCAUUAGGACCUAGAGGAGAAAGAGGAAAUCCUGGUGAGAGAGGAGAACCCGGAAUAACUGGACUCCCUGGUGAGAAGGGCAUGGCUGGAGGACAUGGUCCUGAUGGUCCAAAAGGCAGUCCAGGUCCGACUGGAACUGUUGGAGACACAGGCCCACCAGGUCUUCAGGGUAUGCCAGGAGAAAGAGGAAUUGCUGGCACUCCUGGCCCCAAGGGUGACCGAGGUGGCAUUGGAGAGAAAGGCGCUGAAGGCACAGCUGGAAACGAUGGAGCAAGAGGUCUUCCAGGUCCCUUGGGCCCCCCAGGUCCUGCAGGUCCUACUGGAGAAAAGGGUGAACCUGGACCUCGAGGUUUAGUUGGCCCUCCUGGCUCCCGUGGCAAUCCUGGUUCGCGUGGUGAAAAUGGCCCAACUGGGGCUGUUGGUUUUGCUGGACCCCAGGGUCCUGAUGGGCAGCCUGGAGUAAAAGGUGAACCUGGAGAGCCAGGACAGAAAGGAGAUGCUGGAUCUCCUGGACCACAAGGGCUAGCAGGAUCCCCUGGCCCUCAUGGUCCUAGUGGUGUUCCUGGACUAAAAGGUGGACGAGGAACUCAGGGUCCACCUGGUGCUACAGGAUUUCCUGGUUCUGCUGGCAGAGUUGGACCUCCAGGCCCUGCUGGAGCUCCAGGACCUGCAGGGCCCAUAGGGGAGCCAGGGAAGGAAGGACCUCCAGGUCUUCGAGGGGAUCCUGGCUCUCAUGGACGAGUGGGAGAUCGAGGACCAGCUGGCCCCCCCGGUGGCCCAGGAGAUAAAGGGGACCCAGGAGAAGAUGGGCAGCCUGGUCCAGAUGGUCCUCCUGGUCCAGCUGGGACAACUGGGCAAAGAGGGAUUGUCGGCAUGCCUGGGCAACGUGGAGAACGAGGCAUGCCCGGCCUGCCCGGCCCAGCGGGCACACCAGGAAAAGUAGGACCAACUGGUGCAACAGGAGAUAAAGGUCCACCUGGACCUGUGGGACCCCCUGGCUCAAAUGGUCCCGUAGGUGAACCUGGACCAGAAGGUCCAGCAGGUAAUGAUGGUACUCCAGGCCGGGAUGGUGCUGUUGGAGAACGUGGUGAUCGUGGAGACCCUGGGCCUGCAGGUCUUCCAGGCUCUCAGGGUGCCCCUGGAACUCCUGGUCCUGUUGGUGCUCCAGGAGAUGCAGGACAAAGAGGAGAUCCGGGUUCUCGGGGUCCUAUAGGACCACCAGGUAGAGCUGGAAAACGUGGAUUACAUGGACCUCAAGGACCCCGUGGUGACAAAGGUGAUAGUGGAGACCGAGGUGACCGGGGUCAGAAGGGCCACAGAGGCUUUACUGGUCUUCAGGGUCUCCCUGGCCCUCCUGGUCCAAAUGGUGAACAAGGCAGUGCUGGAAUCCCUGGUCCAUUUGGCCCAAGAGGUCCUCCAGGCCCAGUUGGUCCUUUAGGCAAAGAAGGAAACCCUGGGCCACUUGGGCCGAUCGGACCUCCUGGUGUUCGGGGCAGUGUAGGAGAAGCAGGACCAGAGGGUCCUCCUGGUGAGCCUGGUCCACCAGGCCCUCCAGGUCCCCCUGGCCACCUUACAGCUGCCCUGGGUGAUAUCAUGGGUCACUAUGAUGAGAGCAUGCCAGAUCCACUUCCUGAGUUUACUGAAGAUCAGGCGGCUCCUGAUGACAAAAACAAAACUGACCCAGGGGUCCAUGCAACCCUGAAGUCACUCAGUAGUCAGAUUGAAACCAUGCGCAGCCCUGAUGGCUCCAAGAAGCACCCAGCCCGGACAUGUGAUGACUUAAAGCUUUGCCAUUCCACAAAACAAAGUGGUGAAUAUUGGAUUGAUCCCAAUCAGGGAUCAGCUGAAGAUGCAAUCAAAGUUUACUGCAAUAUGGAAACAGGAGAAACAUGCAUUUCAGCAAAUCCAUCCAGUAUACCUCGUAAAACCUGGUGGGCCAGCAAAUCUCCUGACAAUAAACCUGUUUGGUAUGGUCUAGAUAUGAAUAGAGGAUCACAGUUUGCAUACGGAGACCACCUGUCACCUAAUACAGCCAUCACUCAAAUGACCUUCCUGCGCCUGUUAUCGAAAGAAGCUUCCCAGAACAUCACUUACCUCUGUAAAAACAGUAUAGGAUACAUGGACGAGCAAGCCAAGAGCCUCAAGAAGGCUGUGGUUCUUAAAGGGGCAAAUGAUUUAGAAAUCAAAGGAGAAGGGAAUGUGAGAUUCAGAUACACAGUUCUUCACGAUACUUGCUCUAAGCGAAAUGGAAAUGUGGGCAAGACCAUCUUUGAAUAUAGAACGCAGAAUGUGGCACGUUUGCCCAUCAUAGAUCUUGCCCCUGUGGAUGUUGGCGGCACAGACCAGGAAUUUGGCAUUGAAAUUGGGCCAGUCUGUUUCAUGUAACACAAGCCCAGACAGUGACAGUGAGCAUCACCAUCAAUGAUCACUACCCCAUUCACAAGAACUUUGACUGUUUGAAGUUGAUCCUGAGACUCUUGAAGAUAUGGCUGAUCAUGCAUCAGCACUGUAUAUAUGGUCUUAAGUGCCUGGCCUUCUUAUCCUUCAGAAUAUUUAUUUUACUUACAAUCAUCAAGUUUUAAUUGAUUUAAAAUAAUUUUCAAUACAAGUUUAGAAUUAUGAUGACCAAUGACAAUGAUCACCUUUUAAAAAAAGUAAACUCAUUAAAUAAAUAAAUAUCUGUUUUCUUCAAUUUA